AUGGAUAUCGCACACCAGAUCUACCGACUGGGAAGUCAGCCAACAUUGAGCCGGACAACAUCAGCUAUACCGGGCGGCAAUGUCUAUGGCAGAGCUCCAGCGUCUCGUCUGGAUCGCACUCAGAGACGCCCUACAGCGUCUAUUCUCGGUCAUUCUCUGCCGCCAAUCGACAUGAUGCGGGCACUCUUGGAAGAGUACUUCGACUCGGUGCAUUGGUUUAGCUUGGUCAUCUAUGAGCCAAGAUUCCGGCCAAAACUCGACUCUAUCAAAGAUGGCCUUGCUUAUCCGUCGCAGAAGUCAUUCCUCCUCCUCUUAUCUAUAGUUGUGGGAAUGGGAGCAUGGUACAAGUCCCACAAGAAGGACGUGGAUCCGGACUUUCCAGACGAGGAUUGGCACGCCUGGUCGCAGUCCCUCGUUCAAGGCGCGGGUUCCCAAUUGGCUGAACUGAUGGACCAGAGUACCAUCUCGUCUGUUCAGACGUGUAUCUUGCUCGGCUCCUACUAUGUCUACCAUGGGAAGCCUAAUCUAUCCUUUGCGUUACUAGGCGCAACCAUUCGAACGGCACAAGCCAUCGGCCUCCACCGCCAGCCGCUACGAGGCGACCCUCACUAUGGCGAAGAGAGGAAAAGAGUCUGGUGGACUAUCUACACAUGGGAUCGGUUCGCUUCCAUUACGUACGGACGACCCAUCGGGAUCAACGAGAAGGACUGCAAUACACACCACCCGAUCGACGUAUGCGAGUCGCCCUACUUCAGAGGGACGAACCCCCCAGAAGCCGAUUUAACAAUUUGUUACUCGUCCUACCAACGAGAGCUCAACAAACUCUACCUUAUCGCGUCACCCAUCAUCGAGACCAUCUUCGGAAUGCGGGCGGUGGGUCCCAAUGAACGGCCGAGCGGACCACAAUACACUGAUCAGAUCACGGACGUGACGGAGAAGCUUUGGGCGUGGCGCCGACGUCUGCCGCCCCAUCUUCUACUAGAUAUGGCUGCUGACUGUAGUACGGAUCAAUCACGCACCGGACGGGUGCACCAGCUGCAAGCGUUGUCCCUCCAGCUGACAUUUGACAACCUCCUCAUCAUCUUUAAUCGCCCGUUAAUCGCAAAACAAGUGGACCGCCUCAUCAGGACGCAACCGGAAAGCGGGCAUGGCAACGCACUAUCUCCAGCAAGCCUUACGAACACCGAAUCCCCAUUUCAUGCGGUUCAUGGCCACCUGGUAGCUUUCUUGGCUAUCAAUCUGUUCAACUCUGCCAUCGUUAUGGCUGUGUUGGCGCUGUCUGACCCACUCUCGGACAGAGCACAGGAAGUGAAAAGGACCAUCACACGCAUAUUUCGCUUGCAAGAGCUACUUGGCAAAAGGACACAGCUCUCAAUGCAGAGUAAUGCGGUCCUCAAAGACGUCAUCCAGAUGCUACUGCGCAGAGAAGCAGAUGCCAUCUUUGGCGAGAGCGAUAUGACGAGAUCGCACACCGGGACCGCGCAGAUGUCUGUCGAAGACACCCUUCGUCUGCCGACGCAACUGCCACCGAGUGGACACAACAGACAGCAACAGAGUACAGUUGACAGCAUGCAGCGCGUUCACGAGAGCAUGGCGUCAGUACAGAGAGUGUUUCCCGCCGCCCUCGACAGCGUCUCCCGUGACAACACAGCUGAAGUCCCGCGAUGGGGCACGAACGACAGUGGUAUGGAUCACCUGCCUAGCGAACACAAUGAUUGGACAAAUGCUAGCGCCGGAGACUUCAACCUCGAAGGCGAGCUGGACUGGAUCAGCGAUGAAAAUGGUGUUGAUGUUACUGGCAACGGCCUAUACUGGUUCUGGGAUUCCGUCUGGAACGAGCCACAAUUCUAG